AUGCCGCCGGAGCCCAACCCUGGCAAGCCACCCCACCACCCGCGAGCCGCCCCAACCACCUACCAUCCAUCAAAGGCGUCUCCUGCGCGGGACCUCAUCCUCGUGCUCGGACUAAUGGAGGCGGAAGCGGUUGCAACGUCGGGCCCCAUGGACGCCACGGCAGAGUACGCGUUGGCGGCGCUGGAGGUGCUCUACGCGGCGGCUGGCGGCACUGCGGCGGUGCGCAGGGAAGCCGUGGCCUCACCUGUAUUGGCGCGCGGCGGUUGGCGGCACAACCCUAGCCCCGACGGUGAAGACCACCACCUGGAGGUCGAGAGCAGCGACACCGUCGACGAUGUCAAGUCCAAGAUCAAAGACGAGGAAGGAAUCUCGUCGGACAGGCAGCGUCUCGUCUACGCUGGGAAGCAGCUGCCGGACGGACGCACCCUGGCCGACUACGGUGUCCAGAAGGAGUCUACGAUCCACCUCGUGGUACGCCUCGGCAGAGGCUGGUGCUUCUACAAAUACGAACUUGGCCUCAGAGUCCUUGCCGAAAAGUACAACGCCAUACAUGUGUUGUGCGAAAAGUGCUAUGCUCGGCUGCCUCUUAGAGCUACAAACUGCCGCAAGAAGAAGUGUGGCCACAGCAACCAGUUGAGGCCAAAGAAGAACAAGUACAGGAGGUUCUGA